AUGCUCUCUCCCUGCCCCCCAGGACCGGGACCCGGAGCUGGGCCUGCAGUCGGUGCUGAAGCUCUUGGACGCCAUCGACACCCACAUCCCGCUGCCCCCCCGCGACCUGGAGCGCCCCUUCCUGCUGCCCGUGGAGGCCGUGCACUCCAUCCCCGGCCGGGGCACGGUGGUCACGGGCACGCUGGAGCGCGGCACCAUCCGCAAGGGGGACGAGUGCGAGAUCCUGGGCUACAGCCGGCACCUGCGCUCCGUGGUCACCGGCAUUGAGAUGUUCCACAAGAGCCUGGCGCACGCCGAGGCCGGGGACAACCUGGGGGCGCUGCUGCGGGGGCUGCGGCGGGAGGAGCUGCGGAGGGGCAUGGUUGUGGGGCAGCCGGGGAGCCUGAGCACGCACCAGAGGGUGGAGGCCCAGGUUUACAUCCUGAGCCCGCAGGAGGGGGGCCGCCACAAGCCCUUCGCGGCCCAUUACACCCCAGUGAUGUUCUCGCAGACGUGGGACAUCGCCUGCCGCGUCAUCCUGCCCCCCAACAAGGAGCUGGUGCUGCCGGGGGAGGACGCGGCGCUGACGCUGCUGCUGCGCCAGCCAAUGGUGCUCGAGGUGGGGCAGAGAUUCACCCUCCGCGACGGCGCCCGCACCAUUGGCACCGGCGUCGUCACCCGCGCCCUGCCCCCCAACCGCGAGGACCUGGAGCUCAACUGGGGGUAG